UACAAUUCCGCUGAGUUUGUAUUCACUACGGCAAUUAGGAGUUUUGACAGGAUAUUUUUAAAAAAUAAGUGUAGGCUAUUUUUUGUCAUCAGUUGUGAAGUUGUUGUAAUACAUGUGGGUGUUGUGGCUCUGUCACAUGGAAAUAGAAGUGUAACAUAUCGCUGUUACUUACGGAGUUCACCACAUCUUAAAAAAAGAUAUGGUGCUGUGUUUCUUAAUCCAUACGGUGUGUCCGAUCAACACACUGUCCGCUGGCGAGAGCCGGAUACUGUACUCGCGUGUAUUCGGACCGGAGACAGCAGAUGGCCGUGACUACACACCGGAGCAGAGACAACUGAUGCAGAAAGAGAAACUUCACGUGGUAACGAGGCAGGUGCGGAGUGCUGUGGCACUGAGUAGAGAGGCCUCAGGCAAUCCGUGUGUGGAGGCCGUGCUGGGUGAGGAGGCUGUGGCACUGGGUGAAGCAGAUAGAGGGGUGUUUUCUCUGGGUAAAGCAGAGCUGUUUCCAGAUCAAAUUGUUGUUCUGUGGCUGGGGGUGCAGUCUCUAGCAUUCACUCUGGUCUGCAGACCCCACGAGAAUCUUCUGCUUGCAGAGGGAACACUUCGCAACAUUGCACGUCAUUGUUUAGAGGAACUCCGUCUGCUGGGACCUGGUUCUGAGGUGUUGCUGAAAAGUGAUCGAGUGGACGCAAUGUUGCAGAGACUCCUUCCUCAUGGUCAGCUCCUCUUCUUAAACCAUCGUUUUGCCCUCAGCUUGGAUAAAGAGAUAUCAAGCUACAUGAGCAAAUGAGAGAGCCUGUGUAUUGGUAUAAUUACAUUGGCAAGUGUUUACCACAUAUUUUGAGUCAUGAAAUAAAAACUGUCUGUUAAAUCCAAGAUGCUCUGAUAUAGAUUACAGAAAUCACUUCUCCUCAGAAGGUGCAUUGCACACUGCUGCAGUUGUUUGCAAAGUAGAGUAUAACACCCACAAAGUGUAACACUGGUUAACUGGUUGUUCUCUAAGAGGAUACCAGAGGGCACAAGUUCUAAAACUCUGAUUCCACUUUGACAUUAGAUUAGAUGGAAAAGUAUGAUCCCACACACAAAAAAGCAUUGCCGCUUUUAAAAUCCAGGAGAGUGAUUCUGAAGGCGUAAAGAGUUAAUUCAAGUGAAUGCUGAACUUAUUUGGACCUUUCAACAUUUGAGAGGGGGCAUCUCUGUUGUGUGGCUUGUGCCAGAAACCUUGUUUUUUCCAUGCCCUUUACAGCCAUUUUAUUUGCAUAUGGGUUGUACAGCCUGCCAUCUGCCCAUUAACACUGUGAUAUCUCCUGGCAGAAUGAUUAGUGAGUACCUGGGUAACUUUUCAUAACUGAUCAUUUUAUACAUUUGUCCACCGAGUUUCUUGUUAAUGUAAUGCUGAAUUUAUAUUAAUACCGACUGGAUGUUUUAAAAUAAAACCUCUGGGUUUAUAUUUAUUUAGCUCUCCGCUAGAGGGCAGUGUUGCAUUUUAUUGUUUGCUCUAUAUUGUGUUUCAGUGAAGUGCAUAGCAUUUAGAAUAAUCCUCUAACACUUUCAUCUAAAAUAAUUCAACAGAUCACAGCAGUGUGCCUGCCAACAGAUUUGAGAUUGUUGAUUGACAAGGCCGUAUGAAGCUUUCAUAUCUAGGCCAACAGAGCAAUCACACAAUUCCAGAAAAUCCAUAUUUAGACUCUGUUUCCUCUAAUUUAACAAUUGACAAUUUACCUCGGUCACCAUGCUGCACUUGAAUUGAAUGGAGGGUGAGGAUGAAGUCCACUUAUUGUAAUUGUGAGGCCAGCAAGUGUAACUCACAAGUAUUGUGGUUCAGUAUGUUGACUUGUAAGUGCGAAUAGUUUCUCUUGUAAUCUGCCUUGUAUGUUGGUUGGUAUUCUGCCUGCAUCUAGCAAGACUAGAGCCCUGUUAUGACUAUAUUUCCAUAGCUGUGAAGAGCUGUUCAGUGACACACAUUUAGCAUAUUAACAUAGCAACAAAGUGACAUAUUACUAAAGUGUAUGCAGUCUGAUAAAACUGAAAUCUAUCACAGCAUUUACGUCACACUUUUAUCAUUACAUUUUUUUCCCUUCAAUAACAGCCUCUUUACAAAGCCUGCCUUACAUUGUCACAGACAGUAUCAAAACAAACUGUGCUGAAAUGUUAAGAUUAGAGAUCCUGUUAAAUAUAUGAUCUUAAGGCCCCAGUACACUCACAGAGAAGUUCUUUGUUCUUCACUCAGAGCCAAAAAAAAGUUCAAAACUGCUGAGCAACUACAAAACAUUAAUACACUGGCCACAUCACUGUGGGAGACGUGUAGAGGAGCAUUUAAAUACAAGGAGGAACAAGACUACAUUUAUAAUCAAUGACUUCAUGCCUCAUUCAAUGAUUACAAUUCACAAGCGAUCAGUAAAAGCUGCUUUUUUUAAUCAAUCGAUUAUUGUUUGAAGUAAUAUAUAUGCAGUAGAAAACGUAAUUUAUCUAGUUUACAUUAUGAAUUCAUGGUGCUUAUGCGCCAUAUGGGGCCAUGAUAUACUACUGCAAAGAUGUGUAUAUAAAAUAGUAAUAAUGGGCAGAUACAGACCAAAAACAAAUUAUAAAAAAUAACGAUAGAGGCAUAUCUUACUUAGGGGCACAUAAGUGAGGUAUUUUAUCAAACAACAGUGUGAAUGUACACUUGAGUAGAUUCCUUUUAUAGACAAAUAAAAAAUAAAAUCGCAUGACUUGGUCUUGGAAAAUGCCUCUACGCGAACGAUCAGAUGUAGGUAUAUUUGCACCAUCUGUCUAAUAAUGUCACACUGGUGUGUUCACGUUGACUGAUCCUAACUGAAUGAAGUGGAACCAGUGCCAUGUAUCACAAAAAAGAUGAACAAAUACUCGAUCCCAGGAUUGGUUUUAAUUUGACGAAACUUACCAAAUCCAAUCAGGCUUCAUUAGCGUUAAGUGGUAGCAAGACGCUCGUUACCAACUCACUCUAUCAACCCAGAGACAGUUUGAUCCCGAGGUUAUGAGGUCAUUAGUUCACGUGCGCGUUCACAUGAAUGACGCAAACAGCCUUCUGGUGUCAAAAUACUAUUUAGAAGUGAUUUUAAUAUCUCUUCUGUUCCUUUCUAUAAUCCAAUCGAUUCAGAUAUAGGUAAAAUUUGUCUGACCUCUUCUAGAAAUAACAAUAAAUAUGUACGGUCUUUGUUUCAGAAAGAAGUAUCUGUCCCAUAUGUUGUUUCAUACUGGAAUUCUUUUGUAAAUGAUAUUAACUGGAAAAAAGUAUGGACUAUUCCCAAUAAGUUUUUUGUUACAAACAAGGUCAAAGAAAUUUCUUUCAAAAUUAUCCGUAAGUAGGCUACUACCCUGCUAACCAUUAUAUGACGAAAUUCAAAAGGGACAUUGAUGUGAACUGUUCUUUUUGCGGAAAUCACCCUGAGACCACCCAGCACCUUUUUUGGAUCUGCACACACUCCACAACCUUCUGGAAAGACUUCUGCAGCUUUAUUAUGAAAGAACUUUACAAGGACUUUACUUUGAAGUGGGAAAAUGUUGUGUUUUUUUUUUUUUUUAGAAAACAAAGAUAUUUUCUUUAUUAUACAUUUACUAAUUGUGCAAGCUAAAUUCUAUAUCCACAAAUGCAGAUAUGUAAAACAAAAACCGGCCUUUAAACAUUUUUAUUGUGAUAUGUUAUCGUAUAUAAAAUUAAUUUGUGGUUCAUUGAACAAAAAGGAUAUGAAAACUAGAAAUAUUUGUAUAACUUACAAUUUGUUUGAAUGUAUGUGAUACCUAUCCCCCUGGCAAGGGUAAUAUUAAGUUGUA